AUGCGCGGGCCCGGGCGCCCCCUCCUCCUGGGGUUGCUGCUGGUGCUGGGGACGGCGGGGCCCGGGGUCGCCGAGCCCCGGGAGGCGGCCGACGGACAGACCGUGCUGCGGCUCAUCGUGGAGAUCCUCCAGGAGCUCAAGAAGUACCACUCGGGCGAGUCCAAGAGGCUGCAACUCCCGGGCCCGCACGACUACGCUCUGGGCCGCAGGGAGGUCCCGGACUACCCGGUUUAUCCCGAGGAGCAGCGAGUGGAAAUUGUUCCUCGAGAUCUGAGGAUGAAGGACAAGUUCCUCAAACACCUUACAGGUCCUCUUUACUUCAGCCCAAAGUGCAGCAAACACUUUCACAGACUUUACCACAACACCAGAGACUGCACCAUCCCUGCAUACUAUAAAAGAUGUGCCCGGCUUCUUACGCGGCUGGCUGUCAGUCCAAUGUGCAUGGAGGGCUAAGCAGGGAGCAGAGCUGCGGAGGACCGAGAGCCCACGGACCAUGAGAAGUGCCUUGGAGACCAACAGGGAGCAGAACCUGCUGCCUUCACGAACAUGACCCCUGUGAACAAGAGAUUUAUUUUUGCAGACAGACUCUUCCAUAGUCCCUUUAACUUGAGUUUUAUAAGUUGUCGACACUGUUGGCAGAUGUGUACUCAGUAGAUCAGCGUCCCUGACGGUAACACCUGCCGUCCGUGCUGCUGGGGAGAAGCGAGGGCUCCGCAUCCAAUGCGUAGUGCCAUAUCCGACAGACAAAGCUAUUUCAUCCUCCUCAGUAGGUGAAAUCUCAAAGAGUAUUUCUUUAGAAACAUAAACAGAAUCUGAAACUAUAUUUUCAUACAGCAUUUGGUAUGAUUUAAUAUUUUUGUUACUUUUACAAUUAAAUUCCCAGAGUAUUAUUUGGAAUUGCAUGGAAAAACAAAAACAAAAACAAAACAACCCACAAAAAAAC